ACUCUAAGAUUUAGCACUGCUCUCAAUUGGAUGAAAAUGCUUUUACAUAACCAGAUUUCCAUCCAUAUCUGAUUAUUAUCUUUUUACCUUUUUUCAUUAUGUAUUAGUAGAGUUAAAUAUGUUAUCAUCAAAACUAUUUAUGUCUUUAUGUAGUUGCUCUAUAAUGAUGAUGAAUUCAAAUUUCUACUAAAUAUAGAGCACUUUUCACAUUAUGAUCAUUAUUUUGUAAAGAAGAGAAGCAAGUAAUAUUUAAAUGGGUAAAGAGAAAGUGCUUAGAUCCAUGGUUUCUUGAAGGGAGAUUUUAGCAUCACCCUUUUCUCCUUCGACAAAAACUAUACAAAGAGUAUAUGACUUUAGGAGACAAAAGAAUAUGUAUAUUCUUUUGUAGGAAAAGGUCACAUUUUAUAUAUUAUGUUAACCAAUAAGUUCAUCUAGAUAUUUUUUUUCAUACUAGCAUAUAAGUAUGUGCGAUGCACGUUUACUAAAAACAAAAAAUGGAUAAGACAAUAAAUAUCAUGAUUUUUACAAAGGGCAAAAUACCAAAUAAAAAGUAAUAAAUAAUUUUAAAUAAGUGAAAAUAAAAUUUUAUAUGAGAGUUAGAUAUUGGAGGUAGAUAUGAAUAGCUAGAGGGGGAGAUAGAGGGGGAAAAUUUAUUAUAUUGGAAUAGAGAUGAAAGGAAUUUGAGGUGCUUGAAAGAUUUUAUUGGACAUUAGAUCACAAAAAAAUUGAGAUUAGUUAUGUGGCUAUCAACGUUCAUCGUCUCGAUAUCAUAUCCUGUGCAGGUACCAUCCUAUUAAAAGUGUCGGUAUGCAAUUCGAUAUAACGGUGAGGCAAAUCGAAUGUCGAAAUGGUACGAUACUAUGUGUCAGUUCAAUAUUGGUACUAUACGAUACGUCCUAUAUGGUAUCGUGCCAACCAGUAUGACAAAGCCUGUUUCAAAGCACCUAAUUUGCUGGCUUUCACAGAAUUUCAACUGGUAUAUAGGGAAUGCCAUUUAUCUUUUCUUCAAAUCUGUAACAGAGUGAAUGUAACGGUUGGACUGAAAGAGGACCGCAUGAUGAUGACGGGGUUGCACACUGUAUCUGACAUCUUUUGUGUUGGUUGUGGAUCCAUUGUGGGAUGGAAAUAUGACGCUGCCCAUGAUAAGAACCAGAAGUACAAGGAAGGAAAAUUUAUCCUUGAGAGGUUUAAAGUCUCAGGCCCUGAUGGAAGUCACUACUGGGUGAGCCAUGAUCCUCAUGUGGGGGGGAGUGAUGCUGAUGACGCAUGAUCUGCUCGGAACUUAGACGAGGCAUCAAUUCCUUUUAACUGUACACAAGUUCCCAUCAUUGACUACUGAAGUGGAUUAUGAUAAUUGUCGCGUUUUGCACACAUUCUUGGCAGUUGAGUACAUUUCAUUCUAAAAUAAUGUGGUUCUCUUGCUUUCUCAUAA